CUUAUAUGUUUUUAAACUUGUCUUAAAAUUUUGUGGUACUUCUACGUUUCUGCGCUUUUGUAAAUGUAGAUCGUAUGUUUUGUCAUUUGAUUAAAGCGUUUGAAGACUUUGCAGCGCGCUGACACCAAUCGGCCACCGUAGCUUAGCAACCGAAUCAUAACAAUUCUUUUCCGUUUAGAGUUUUCAUUUGAACAUUUAAAGCAGCUCAGACUUGCAGUUUAUCAGCAAGAGAGAAGACGCGAAAGAUGUCCAUCGUGAAAACCACCGUGAAUCUCCAGAGGAUUGACUGGCUGCUGCCGAAAGGUGCAGUCAGUGUGCGGAUCGCCCCGGAAUACAUCCCCGGUCCAGUUGGCCGAGGACAAACCAGUUCCAGUGAUGCUGGCCGUCGGAAGAAGUGCCGCACCAGGCCGCCGGCAGCCAGCUCCCUGACCACUUCUGCCUCUCCUGGAUCUGCUGCCAUCCCGGUGGCAACCAGCAGGGGUCAGCAGGGCACAGGCCGCCGUAGAAAAACGGCGGGAGGCCGGUCAGGGCGAAGAAGGAGGUAUGACCAACAGAAGGGGUUAGAGCCUAAGCCCAGCUCACCAACCUUCUCCUCCUCUUCAUUUUUAUUUCCGUCUUCAGCCCCCUCCCCUUUUGUUUCAUCCCCAUUUCUUUUUAUGGGCUCCUCUGUUUUAUCGCCACACUUACUCACACCUGUUAGCCCAGCUCCACAUCCAUAUUCAGCUCCAGGCAUGGUUCAUCUGACCCCUCUGCUUCAGGCUCCAGCACAGGCUGUAGCCGCCUCAUCUCACCUGGAAAAAUUCUAUUGGUUGUAUAACUAUUAUGUAACAAAGUACUCUAAAAUGACCUAUGACGCCAAGUGCUUUACUGAGUACUGGUGUCAGGAGUUUUGGAACAGACAUUUAAAUGAAAUUAACUUAGCGAAACAGGGGAAGAAUGAGGAUAAUGAGGGUACUCAUUCAACCAAGAGGCGUAGGAUUGAUGAAGAUGAGUUCAUCUUUCCUAUUGAUGCACUGGAGCAGCUAAGUACCAUGCCCAGGGCUCAGGAGAUGGGUGUGGAGAUGGGCUAUCAGUCAGAUGCACAUAGCUACAUUUCCCUGUAGAUUCAGCACAUAAUUACACGAGACUUGUCAUACGUACUUAGGAUAAGAUAAAAUUAGGAUAUGUUACCAUGUAGUUCUAUAGCAUAAGGUACUAUAGGAUAAGGUUAAGAUAGGACAAGUUAAGAUAGUCUUAACUUGUAUGGCAUUUUAUGUUUUACAAAGACAUGAUAAAUUACCAUAAGUUUAGGAUAAGAUUAUAUGAGAUAACAUAGUAUAAGAAUA